AGCCCACGGGCGUGAGCGUGGUGACAGAGUGCAGGCGGUGAGCUCUGGGAGGUGUAGUCUCGGUGCUGGAGGAGGGGUGCGGGGGGCAGCACUGGUGACCGCGGAGGAGGCGGUCGCGGAUCCGGGGAGCGCGGCUCCUUCUCUUGCAGCCGCGGGACGAGACGCGCGGCGCCGGCGGGGCGCGAGCUGCCGGGGGUUUGGAACCCGGUGCCGGCGGGCGGACUGCACAAGAUUCUCCCAGCAGCAGGCGCGCGGUACCGCGGCCGCCGCCGCCGCCAGAGUGAUGUCGUGGCGCUGCCAGGAAGUCGGGUACAGAGUUCAGCACACAGGGGCUGGUGUGUGAACCAUCCUGUGCUUAGGCUGCCAUCGUCACAAGAGGGCAUAAAAUAAACCAGACAGCUGGGGAAAAUGAGGCGUGCAGGUUUAGGGGAAGGAUACGCUGGAGGUGGUUAUAAUGUUUAUGAAGAGGAAAAUGAUAACUUAACCGAAGGCCUUCGAGAAAAAGUGACUGCAUUAAAAUCACUUUCCAUUGAUAUUGGAACUGAAGUGAAGUACCACAACAAAGUGCUGGAUGAAAUGGAUUCAGGAUUUGAAUCUACAGGUGGUCUGCUGGGAGCAACCAUGGGUCGACUCAAACAUUUAUCUCGUGGGAACCAAACAAAAGUCUUGUGUUACAUGAUGCUUUUUGCACUUUUUGUCUUUUUUGUUCUUUAUUGGAUUAUUAAACUAAGGUGAAAUAAAUUAUCCUAUUCCAGUAUCUGGAUCUAAAUUAUUACACAUUACUGUAUAGGCCCUUCUCUAUAAGAUAAUUGAUGUGAUUAUGUUGUAGACUAUUUCUUAACAUUACAUUCACAUUGUAGACUGUUGUUUCAUUUUUUUCAAUGUUUGUUUAUCAGAACGUUCCAUGUUUAUAAAAUGAGAAAUGUCAGUAGUAGUCAUCUUCUGAAAUAAUCCCUUGGGGUCAUAGAUAACUUUGCUUCCACAAUGGCUCUGUGGGUUCAAAGGUGAUCAAUGAAUCACGUGAGGUAUGCAAUUUUUGUCACAAUAAUAGCAUGACAUUUAUGAUUACUUUUGCUAGUUAUGGGACUAUUAUGGAAAAAAUAAAUAGCACCUUUUUGUAAAAUGUACCAUUGAUAACUCUUUGUGCUUAACUUGUGCCAAUUGGAUUUGAGCAUUUUAUGGUGGUGCAGCACAUUAAUGAGCUGCUCAGUAGCAGAGCAAGGGAUAGACCCUUUCUCUGAUGCUGCAUGUUAUUUUUCACUCGCAUUGCCAACUUAUUUUGUAAUUUGGAAUAAGAAGGAAAAUCAGGUAAUGCUAAGUUAUUCCGUGACAUUCCGUGCUAUAUUUUAUUACUUUCGCUUGAAUAACCUUGAAUCUUUACACAAAAGAUUCUAUUAAAUUACUUUUCACAAUAGUCGAUGAUUUUUAACAGUGUCUUAAUAAAUUUCAGUUGACGUCUGCAUCCCAAAGCAGACGAAAAGCAAGAUUGUCUCCCAAGCUGAUUUAAGGCACAUUCAGAAGAGAGUGCACCACUAAUGGGGUUGCCUGGUUAUUGCAAAUCCAAUAUGAUGCAAAGGCCUUUUUUUGAUUAAAAAUAUGAACGUAUUCCUCAAAACAACUUUAUUGUACGCUAAUAUUGUUUACAUGUUCUUUGUAAGAUACAGUGCUUGUUUCAUGAGAUGCUUGGAAAUUCAAAAAUAAUUGUGGAAAGCCAUGGGUAUGGAGUGGGCAAAGAUGGCAGGUGAAGUUGGCUUCAUUUCUGUACACAGAAGUGAAAGGGUGAUGCAGAGGAACUCAAGGAGAAUGGGUAAAUAUGAAACAAAACAAAAAGAUUUAUCCGAAGAUAUUUUGAAGAAGGGCCUCGACCCGAAACGUCACCUAUUCUUUUUCUCUAGAGAUGCUGUCUGACCCACUGAGUUACUCCAGGUUAUUGUGUCUAUCUUUUUGUUGAGGAUGUUUCCUUGAAUCAUUUCAGUUGCAGUUGGCUGAGCAGUUUUAACUAAUUUUACAGUAGUGAUUUUAAAGGAAGGUUGAUUUCCUAUCUUGCUGGUGUUUUGUUUAACUCUUGUUUACUUCAACUGUUCAUCAGUUACGUGUAAAAUAGUUGGAUCAGCAUUUGCGGCAACCAGUUCUUUGGUACAGUUUAUCCCUUCAUGUUUUUAUUGGAACCUAUGUAAUUGCUUUUGAAACAAAAAUCCAUCUUAUAAAUGAUUUUAAAAUUCCUGGCAUUGCAAAAUGCUGGAAUUGGUCAAAAGGCCAAUUUCAAUCCUGGUUUGCCUAACCUUUUAUAUAUUAUGUUAAGUCAAUGUGAGAAGGAUUCAUCUGGUUCCUGGUGAGGACUGGCUACACUAGAAUAUUGCAAAUAAUUUAACAUCAGUGAACGCUUGCCCUGAUUUAUGACUGUUGUGGUAACCACUUUUUCUCAAGUUAUGCUUUCAGAAUCUUUUCUCAAAGAAAGCUAAUUAUACAUGUCUAAAAUGGUGGUCCUUGGUUGUGACAACAAAUAAAUAAAUAAAUAAAUAGAAGAUCCAUACAUUGGAUGCAAUUAUUAUUUGUAUUCAAAUGUACACCAAAAUACUUUACAAUUAAAUUUUUUGAAUUUUC